AUGGCCGUCGACGCAAUGGACAUCGACAGCUCCUCGCUCGUCCACAAAGACGCCGAGCGCAAACGCAAACACAAGAACAAAGACAAGGUCUCAUCACCGACCAAAAAGCGCAAGCAUACGGAUGCACCGCGAGAAAAGAGCAAAAAGACCAAAGCCCCCGAGUCGGCGGACUCCGAGUCUCCCUUCGCGCUCACCACCGCUACCCUCUACCUACCUCUCGCGCCCGUCUCCAUUUCGCCGACGCAUGCGCUCGCCUCGCUCCUGGCCGAGCAUCUCUCCCCACUGCUGCUGACGUACUACCCCCCGCUGAAGGGGAUCAUUCUGGCCUACUCGAAUGCCUCUAUCUCCAGCAAGCCGCCCAAUUCUGCUACCAGAUCCUCCGCAGACCCGAACCCGCAACCGCUCACUCUCGCCACGAGCGCUGACGAGUACGGCGUCCUGUACGUGUACCUGACGGCCACGUUCCUGGUGUUUCGUCCCAAGCGCGGACAGACCCUGGACGGGUGGGUGAAUGUGCAGUCCGAGGGAUUCAUGGGCGCAGUUGUGCUCAACUUGUUCUCUGUCGGCAUUGAGCGCAAGCGCCUCCCGACGAACUGGAAGUGGGUGCCCCCGGGCGAAGAGGGCGGCAGCAAGACAAUCAGCUCGGCCGCAGCUACAGACGAUGAAUCCUCUGAUCAUGAGACUGGCUUCGAUCCCGCCAAAGAGCAGUUUCAGCCUGCUACAGUAGCCGCGGAGGAGAUCCCGCUCGAUGGCGAUGACGAGGACGAUGAGUCGGCGACGGGCUACUUCCAGUCUGUUUCAGGGCAUCGUGUGCAGGGCUCUGUGAAGUUCCGUGUUGUGGAUAUCGAUGUGAUCCCCGGAUCAGAUCGGGAUCGCGGGUUCAUGAGUAUUGAGGGGACAAUGCUCUCUCCCGAGGAAGAGGAGAGACUGGUGGAGGCUGAACGGCAGGGUCAUGCGAUGCCGUUGUCAUUUAUCUCUUCGUCGAGGGCGAGCAGUGCCAUUCCUAUCACCAAUGUGCCGCCAGCGUCGGCUGUACAGGAUGUCUCCGUAGUGGAGAUUGACGCCGACACAGACAAGAAGAAGAAGAGCAAGUCCAAGUCGAAGAAGAAGGAAAAGGAGAAGGCGAACUAG